AUCCUAUAUACCCAUUUUUUUUUUUUUGCUAAAUGCUAAUUCCAGAUUCAAGAUCCGGUAUGUGCCAUCCGGCAUCCGGUACAUUUUUUAUUUUUUUAUUUUUUGGUAUAUCAGUUCAUUUUCCUAAAAAUUAAUAAAUCGAAUCCCAGUUCUACUUGACCAUCGCACAUUUUCUCAGAGUUUAACGAAUCUAAAUCAUGACCGAAGAUAUCUAGGUAAAUCGAGAGUAAGGUACUUAAACUGUUCUAGCAUACCACUAUCGGGGACAAGUGACGUGUAAGUAGUUUUAUAAAGUGAGUAAUAUUUAAACCAUGUAAAUGGCCGAACGACUAGAACUCAGAAAUCUGGUGAUCGAGUCAGAUUCACCGUCCACAAGUUCACCGGUUACGCCAAACGUGACGUCGUCCCCUAAAACACAAAUAAAAAUUCUUGGUUUACUGUUAGCUGCCAUAUCGUCAUUAUUUUUCUCUCUGAGUACGUUGAUAGUUAAAUGGCUUGACGACAUAGACCCAUUGGAAUUGGCCGCCUUUCGUUUUGUCGGAAUAUUAAUUCCCUCAGUACCCAUAUUGAUUUACAAUAAACAGAAUCCAUUUCCAAAAGGUCAACGACUCAUGCUACUACUUCGUGCUUUUGCCGGCGCCACUUCAGUGUCUCUAAUUUUUUAUGCCAUCAGACACAUGCCCUUAGCCGACGCUUCAGUAAUUGUAUUCAGUGUGCCUGUCAUAGUGGCAAUAUUUGCCAGAAUAUUUCUCAAGGAACCAUGUGGACUGUUCCAUUACUUCACAUUAUUCUUAACAAUGAUUGGAGUCUUAUUGAUCACAAGACCUCCUUUCUUAUUUGGGCAGUCGACUAAACAAUACAAUAUUUUAGGUCCAUUAGCAGCUUUGUUAUCUACAUUUUUUGGAGCUAUUGUUUAUAUACUACUCAGAGCUUUGAAGAACUUACAUUUCAGUGUUAUCAUGGUGACGUUUGCCACUUAUUCUAUCAUACAAACGACUAGCAUGGCUUGGGCCACAGGAAACUUGUGUUGGCCAAAAUGCGGUACUGAGAGAAUUUUAGUAAUUGCUUUAGGCGCAUUCAGUUUUUCUGGACAAAUGUUACUAACUAUUGCAGCCCAACUCGAAGAAGCUGGAUUGGUUGCUAUUGCAAGGACUGUUGAUGUGGUGUUUGCUUUUGUAUGGCAGAUAAUAUUUUUCAACGAGGUACCAAAUAUUUUCAGUAUUAUUGGUGCAGUGUUGGUGACUUCAUCUGUUGUACUGAUCGGCUUAAGGAAGUGGAUGAUGUCUAUGCCGUCUACAUCAAGCUUCAGAAAAAAAUUUGGGUUUCUAUUUUUAUGACACCCACAUAUAUUUUACUUAUUGUUAAACUAUUGAUCUGCCUAGCACCAGUAUUACUUAAAAUAAUUAAAUCACUUUAUGUUUGUUAAAUGUAUGCCUAUUGUGAAAUAUUAACGUUUUGUGAAAACAAAAAAGUACAAUUUAAUCAGCUCAAUCAUAGUUUACACGCUUAUUAUAUUUUAGUUGUGAAUCUGAAUGUAUACCAUUUUAAGACUUCUAUUUUAGAAACAACAAUUUGUGAUCAUUAAUUAUCUGAUAAGUUUUUAUUUUAAAAAUAGAUUAAAAUUGAGUUUUUGACAAUUAUUUAAAACUAAUUCAAUUUUUAUACUAUUCUUUGAAGUGUAAGUUCAUUUUUAUAGAAGUAUUUCGCAUUCAUUUUUUUAUAAUUUCAUUGUA